AUGGAUGCUUUAGAGUGGAUACGGUCGUGUGUGUGUGGUCCUAACACCCUUCUCUCGCUGCCUAUCCUGAAGCGGUUCGGCGUGGACAUGGCUGACGUGGAGCUCAAGCUCGUCCGCCGUGGUGCACCGCCGCUAGGUGGAGGGGAGGUGAUGCUGCGCCUGCCAGUCGUGAAGCAGCUGGAGGUGCGGGGGGGAAGGAUAGGGGUGGGCGUAAGGGGGGGGAGAGAUGGAGAGGGGGAAACCUGUGGUGGGGGAAGGGUUGAGGGAUUUGCUUGUGUGGAUGGUCCGAACACCCUCCUCACUCUAUUUCCCCGUUUCCACCCUCCCCUUCCCCCAUUCCCCCUCCAAACGUGCCAGCCAGUGGUGUGGGAGGACGAGGGGCUGGUGAAGAGGGUGAGGGGGGUGGCGUUCACAGCGAGGGUGGCGCCGCAGGUGGCGAAUCGCAUGGUGGACGCGGCCAGAGGGGUGCUCAACCGCCUGCUGCCUGAUGUCUUUAUCUUCACUGACCACUUCUCGGGGGCAGACUCUGGCAGGUCACCCGGGUUUGGCAUUUCCUUGGUCGCCGAAACCACGUCAGGGUGCCUGCUGAGCGCCGAAAGGGCCAUUUCCAGUUGCUGGGGCGAGCAUGAGGGGGUGGGGGGAGGCGCGGGGAGAGGGGGGAGAGGAGGAGCAGGGGGGCAGGGGGAGGAGGUGCCGGAGGAUUUAGGGUUGCAAGCGGCGCAGCUGCUGCUGCAUGAAGUGAAGCAAGGAGGCGUGGUGGACGGCAGUCAACAGGCCUUUGUGUUGCUGCUGUGUGCGCUGUGCCCAGAAGAGCUGUGCCGGGUGCGGGUGGGGCCGUUGACGCCACACACAGUGGACGCACUGAGGGACAUGAGGGCCCUGCUGGGCGUGCAGUUUGAUAUCCGCCCUGAUGAGACCACCGGCACUGUCUUCCUCUCCUGCAUUGGCUCUGGCCACAAGAACCUCGCCAUACCCGUCACUUGA